CUUGUGUAUAUUAUAUAGUUUGAUGUUAAGAAAGAAGUAGUAUAUUAUACGUCAUCUUUGUCUCUUUAUAUUUCAUCUCUUGACAUUACCAAAUUACAUAACAUAAACCAUGGCAACUUCUGCAACAUCUAAGCUCUUAGUGUCUGAUUUUGCCUCUACCAUUAGUCAUAUCCCUUCAAGUUACGUCCGGCCCAUCUCCGACCGUCCAAACUUGUCUGAUGUCGCAAGUUCCGGCGAUUCCAUCCCUCUUAUCGAUCUCCGGGACCUCUAUGGACCUAAUCGCGCCGCGAUUGUUCAUCAACUUGCUAAGGCUUGUUCUACUUAUGGUUUCUUUCAGAUCAAGAAUCAUGGUGUGCCGGAUACAACAAUCGAGAAAAUGAUAACUGUUGCAAGAGAGUUCUUCCAUCAACCGGAGAGCGAAAGAGUCAAGCACUACUCCGCAGACCCAACAAAGACGACGAGAGUCUCCACCAGUUUUAAUAUCAGUGCAGACAAAAUCUUGAACUGGAGAGACUUCCUUAGAAUCCAUUGCUUUCCCAUUGAAGAUUUCAUUCAAGAAUGGCCUACUAGUCCUGUCUCCUUCAGAGAAGUCACAGCUGAAUACGCCACGAGCCUAAGAGCUUUGAUCUUGAGACUUCUUGAGGCUAUCUCAGAGAGCUUAGGUCUUGAAAGAGACCAUAUAAGCAAUAUAUUAGGCCAACACGCUCAGCACAUGGCGUUUAAUUACUAUCCGCCAUGUCCCGAGCCCGAGCUAACUUAUGGACUUCCUGGACAUAAAGACCCAACGGUUAUCACUGUCCUUCUUCAAGACCAAGUCUCUGGUUUACAAGUCUUUAAAGAUGAUAAGUGGGUCUCUGUUAAACCAAUUCCAAACACUUUCAUCGUCAACAUCGGCGACCAAAUGCAGGUCAUAAGCAAUGACAAAUACAAGAGUGUACUCCACAGAGCAAUAGUAAACACCGAGAAGGAGCGAUUAUCGAUUCCAACAUUCUGUUUCCCUGCCGCAGAAGCAGUGAUUAGUCCUGCACAUGAACUGAUCAGUAAACAAGAUUCUCUUGCUGUUUACAGAAGCUUCCCUUUUGUUGAGUACUGGGACAAGUUCUGGAACAGGUCGCUCGCUACUGCGAGCUGUCUCGAUGCCUUCAAAGCUUCAACAACCUAAAGAGAGUCUAUCUUGUAAUCAAUCUCGACUGGCUCUUACCAAGAGCUAAUAGCUCAACGGGUAAAAACCUAGAGAUUGCAAGUUCGAGUGGUUCUUGGGACGAGAACAUAUAACAUGCUUUGGUCUCAGAAAAAGACAAAUUUUGACCGGCUCUUUAGCUAUUGUAUGGAUUUCAAUAUCAGUUUGUUUCUUAUAAAUAAAGACUU